AAUCCCAAAUCCCAAAACAGUCCCUUCUUGCGCCAAAAAUUCCAAUUUAGAAAAAUAUAUAUAUAUAUCAAAGGCGCCUCCUUUCUCGCCCCCUCUCUACUAUUCACAAUGCUGGGCUCAAUUUCAUCUGUUUUCUCAUCCAGUUCCUCUCUCAUCAUCAAUCAUCAUCUCAAUUCCCCUUUCAUAUCGUCUUUCACCUUCAAUCUCCGCUCCAAACCCUCACUAUUGAUCUCUAAACCCUCAAAAUUCAUUGCCAAGAUCGCUUCUUCCUCCUCCUCUGGUGGAAGCAGCAGCAGCAGCGGCGUCGGCGGCGUUGAUCAAGAGGAUCCCAAGGUUGCUGAUGACGACGCUCGCCAACUCAAGAGGUCUGCUGAUUGGAGGGCAGCAAGGACUUACAAGGAAAGUGGUGUCCUCUUUGAUGGGAGGGUUGAGGGUUUCAACAAUGGUGGUUUGUUGAUUAGGUUUUAUUCGAUUCUCGGUUUUCUUCCUUACCCUCUGUUGGGUCCAUCCUAUUCAUGUAAAGACCCACAAAAGUCUAUUCAAGAUAUUGCAGAGGAUCUAGUAGGUUCAUCACUUUCUGUAAAGGUAAUUGAAGCAAGUGAGGAGGAGAAGAAACUGAUCUUCUCUGAAAAGGAUGCCAUAUGGUCAAAAUAUUCUAAUAAAGUUAAGGUCGGAGAUGUUUUCGAUGCAAGAGUGGGCUCAGUGGAGGACUAUGGUGCAUUUGUUCACCUGCAGUUCCCUAACGGUCAAUAUUAUCUAACAGGACUUGUGCAUAUCUCGGAGGUUUCUUGGGACCUAGUUCAGGAUGUGAGAGAUUUUCUUAGUGAAGGCAACCAAGUGAAGGUUAAAGUUAUUCACAUUGAUAGAGAGAAGUCAAGGAUUACUCUGUCGAUUAAGCAGUUAGAGGAGGAUCCUCUUUUGGAAACACUAGACAAAGUGAUUCCUCAGGAAGGUCAGUUUGUGUCUGAUGCGGGCAGCAUGUCUAGUAAUCUGAACAUGGAACCUCUUCCUGGUCUUGAGAGCAUAUGUAAAGAGCUUCUGCAAGAAGAUGAUGUAACUGAUGUGAGACUUGGGCGUCAAGGACUGGAGAAGCGUGUAGUGUCACAGGAUUUGGAGCUUUGGCUUUCAAAUAUACCGGCGAAGGACAAACAGUUCACUCUCCUUGCUCGAGCAGGGAGACAGGUCCAGGAAGUAUAUUUGACAACUACACUUGAUCUAGAUGGCAUAAAAAAGGCAGUACAGAGGGUAUUAGGACGUGUGCCGUGAUACUACUAUCAAAAUUCAGUGGUUUCUGGAUCUGAUUAUGAAGAGAAAAAUCUAUCUCCUACGGAUAUUGAAAUGAGUCCUCCUACAACAACAACUACUCCUCCUACCGAUCCUCUCAGUGGUAAUCCCGAAUCCGGUGGCGACAAAUCUGCACCAAGAGCUCCUAAAAGGCCGAGAUCCGAUGUGUGAAUUUUUUUUUGAGAAGAUAGACGUCACCAAGGAUGAACACGGUAGGAUUCUCACCCAGAAGGAUAAAUGUGCAUGUGCGGCCGGAUUUUCCAAGCUCAUCACAAGAGCGUCACCAACCACCUCAAACGUCAUAUAGAAAAAUACAACAAAGGCCAGACUCCUCAAGGUGAUAUCCGACAAUCUAUGAUUUCUCAAUCCUCCUCUUCUGAUAGUCUCGGUACUUGGAAUUAUGACGUUGCCCGAGGCAGGAAAUGCGUCAUCAAGUUUAUCAUUCUUAAAAAUCUUUCUUUUAAAUUAGUAGAAGAUAAUGAAUUUAAAAAUUUGUUUA